AUGACGAUGGUUUUCAAGUGCGCGCUACAGCUUCCAAGCAGAAGAUUAUUCUCUAGGACAAAUAGUUGCUUGAAUGGAUCUAAUAUUGACUUUAGUAUUUUUGAAGAACCCAAGAAGGUGAAUGAUGCAACGGAUAUUGAGGUUAAAAAACUAGAUUCUAGUUUGUUAAAGAAAUUCCCUCUUGGAAACGUGUAUAAUCCUUUCGAUUUUUCGAUGGAACGUCUUCAUUUAGACAAAAAGUUUGCUAAAAAUGGCCGUUGGAAUAGUGAUAUUUUCGAUCAUAUGAAGGCCAAUCCAUUGGAUUUUUAUACUAACCCAGAGUUUCUGUCCAGGUUUCUAACUUCUACUGGUAGAAUACAACAUAGAGACGUUACUGGUCUUUCUGUGAAGAAUCAGCGUCGUCUUGCGAAGGCUAUUAAAAGAUGCCAAGCUAUUGGACUGAUGUCCAAGACACAUAAAGAUGUGUCAUUCCUGCCAACUAGAAUGAUUUCUAAUAAAUAA